AUGGCAAAGGAGGAAUCCAAGUAUGGUUUUAAAGACAAGGCAAAGGCCGAAGAAUCUCUGGAACUGCUUAAAGCUGAAGAUCAUAAGUACCAGAUGCUGACCGUUCGGGGGCUUAUCGGAAGAGCUAAACGUGUUCUGACGCUCACGAAGGCGGAAGAAAAAGUAAACAACAUUAAAGCAGCAAUCGAAACAUUCGAAAAAUGGCUCGAAGCUAACAGUACGUCGUCCACUAAAAAUUCCAAGCCUAAGGAGGCUGAGGAAAAGGUUGAAACGGUCCCCGGAUUAGGUUUCAAGGAUAAGCAAGCCGCCGAGCAGACGCUCAAAAUUUUAGAAGGCCGUGAUCCGGAUUACCAGAAGCUGGCCAUUAAAGGUUUGCUUGGGAGCGCCAAACGCGUACUGCCGGCCACCAAGAAUGAAGAUAAAGUGAAAUCCAUCAAGGAAGCGAUGGCCAUGUUCGAAGAUUUUCUCGAUCUUUUCGAUCGCGAGGAGCGCGGAAAGCAAAAUAUGGCGUAUCUUUCGAUCGAGUUGAUCAGACAACUGCCAACGCCAAGCAAGCCCGAUAAGCUGGCAGCAGACUUUCUUGACUGUUACGAGUCGGUGGCCAAGGGAAACUACAAGCAUCUGCGCACUAAAACGCCCAAGGAUGGGCAGGAAACUUGGGACAUAAUUCGAAAUCGUAACUUGCAGAAGCUGAAACCCAAAGGCGACGAAAAGCUGUUCGAUUCGGAUGGCAAACCAACAGAAACACAUUUAAAACUGGUACAGUGGGCGUACAGUCCCCAGGUGGAGAAACUUAAAACUUAUGCAGCUACGCAUGCGCAAUCUAAGUCGAAUCCUCGCAAACGAACGCAUUCAACGUCAGACGGAGAAGAUUGCAGUAAAUCUAAAGACAAACACGAUAAGGAUCGUUCGAAUAAAAAGUCCAAAAAGUGA